GCAGUUCACCGGAGCACUGGUGAGGAAGUUUGCCGCCACUUGGCUGCUGUUGAGUCCGGGUUUACAAUGCUGGGACGGUCGGCUCCGAUGGAGAACAUGCACUGACUUACCGGGGAUUUGGGAAUUGUUUUUUCUCUCUCUCUCUCUGUCGGAUUACUCUCCAUUUAUAAAAAGCGACACGGUUUUCAUCUUCUAUUGGUAUUCAUUCUGGUUCUACCAUUCUCUCGGCUUGUAUUGUGGAGUAGUAAACACUUGGAAAAAUGCCUGCAAAAACCAAGUACAACCUCGUUGAUGAUGGGCAUGAUUUGAGGAUCCCGUUGCAUAACGAGGAAGCAUUCCAGCAUGGGAUCAACUUCGAGGCAAAGUACAUCGGCAGUCUGGAUGUGGCGCGACCGAGCAGCCGAGUGGAGAUCGUGGCUGCGAUGAGGAGAAUACGUUAUGAGUUCAAGGUGAAAAACAUCAAGAAGAAAAAGGUCAACAUUGUGGUGUCUGUGGACGGCGUGAAAGUCAACCUGAGGAAAAAGAAAAAAAAGAAGGAGUGGACAUGGGAUGAAAGCAAAAUGAUGGUGAUGCAGGAUCCCAUUUACCGGAUAUUCUAUGUGUCUCAUGACUCCCAGGAUCUGAAAAUCUUCAGCUACAUCGCCAGAGACGGACAGAGCAACGUCUUCCGUUGCAAUGUCUUCAAGUCCAAAAAGAAGAGUCAGGCCAUGCGUAUUGUUCGGACGGUCGGCCAGGCGUUCGAAGUUUGUCACAAACUGAGUCUGCAGCACACGCAGCAGAACGCAGAUGGACAGGAGGACUGUAACAGCGAAAAGAACAGCAACGAUUCCUCCGUUAACGCUCGGGAGCUAACAGGCGCAGAAAAGACGCCGAUCGUCGCCGAGGAGACGGACAUCGACGCGGACGAGGUGAUCCAGCUACCGGCAGCGGAGGAGUUGAACCCCAACCGAGGGGUGACUGAUCUGGACGAAACGGCCAAGACAGCUGAAAUAAACCACUCAGAAAACAAGGUUUCAGAGGAGGCCUCCCUGCUGAUCGCCAGCCCCAGGAUGCUGCUCCCUGCAUCGAGCACGCUCCCGCCAGGCGCCCCUCUGUCUGUCCAUCAUCAGAUCCAACUGCUCCAGCAGCAGCUUCAGCAGCAGCAGCAGCAGACACAAGUAGCUGUGGCACAGGUUCACUUGUUGAAGGACCAGCUGAGUGCGGAGGCCACGGCUCGGCUGGAGGCCCAGGCUCGAGUCCACCAGCUGCUCCUGCAGAACAAAGACCUGCUGCAGCACAUCUCCCUGCUGGUUAAACAGAUCCAGGAGCUGGAGACCAGGAUGUCUGGACCAAACUCAAUGGGAUCCCAGGACAGUUUGCUGGAGAUCACCUUCCGCUCCACGGUUCCCUCGGUGAUGUGUGACCCCACCACGCCUAAACCUGAGGUGUCCAACCUGAACCUGCCCCAGCUGGGCGCCAGCGACGGGACCAGCAACGUCUUCUCAUCUUCCAACGGGACUCUGGGAAGCCCGCUAGUUGAUCAAAGUAUGUUUGAGAACUCCACUGCUCAGCAGCAGAGUCCUCAGACCUCCAGGACAGGCCAGUCCUCAACCCGACGAACCCCGGCGUCACCGAAUCCCAACCUGAGCACAAACUCCAUCGACUCUCCGUCCUCCGGAGGCCAGCAGAGGCUGAAAAACGCCAUUAACCUCGGCAAGGCUGUCGGGGCGAAGGUCAAUGACCUGCUGAGAAGAAAGGAGCCAAACCACCUCGGAGACAUCGGGGUCACUGAGGUCAACAAGAAUGCCGGUGCCGUGUGGAGCUGCAUGGACCAAAUCAACCAGACUACUGCAAACAGUCACAUCUCCUCCUUCGACUCCUUCCCUCGCCUGGACCCGCCGCCCCCGUCGGGAAAGAAGCGUCUCCCCCGGGCGUUGAAAACCACCCAAGACAUGAUGAUCUCCUCUGACCCGGUGGUCUCCUCUCCGGACCCCCCAGCGGACUCUUCCACCUUCCUCUCCUCCCCUAACAAGACUCCUCUCAUCGUCAAGGAGGAGCCGAGGAGCGUCGAGCAGCAGCAGCAGCAGCAGCCGGGCGACAGGGAGGAAGAUGAGCUGGAUAACAGGUUGACAGAUAUCACCACGUCUCUGGGCCCGGCGGAGAAGAAAGUCACCGCUGAGUCAGAGCAGACGGGGAGCAACGGAAAGGUGGACGGAGUGAUUGGCGGAGGAGAGGAAGAUGAUGUGAAAGAUAAACGCACAGACGGAGGCUCAGAGGAACCUCAGCAUCAGCUCCAGCUCUCUGUGCCAGACCUCAUCAACAAGGAUCCACCACAGCUGGAGCCAAGAGCCAAACCCUGCGACGUCUGGCAGAAAGCGCCGGGGCCAGACUCCAGGUUGGCCUCCACCCCCCGCUCGGGGAAAACUCCCUGUCGCAUCAGCCUGGGCGAGGAGGUCUUGCUGGGGAACGGCGGCCCAAAAGGCAACGGGGUGAGCGCUGAAGAUGGAGAACACCACCCGGACCUGCUGUCGUUCGAGUAACGAGUAACAAGCAGGAACCACUUCAGUAUGAUUCAACAAGUUUGGAACUUUUUCAUUUGAUUUCCACUAAAAAAAAAAGCACCACGGAUCAAAUAUUCACCGCCACUUUUAAAUAUAUAACUCGCCCUGCUCCAGGCUUUACUUUAGGAAAAGGGAACAAGUGCUGGGGGCCAGAUCUCUUCUUUUUUUUUUUACUUUUUUAGCAGCUUCUUAGAUGUGUGGACGAGUUUAAAGAUCAUGGUGUUAAAAACAGAUCUGACCCUCCAAAAAACAUGACUGAUUCAGGGUCAGUCGGACACCACCAGCUCCUUUUCUAAUGAUAUCAAAGCAAAGCUGACCAGCACCGGAUGAUAAAUAAGCAGCAAGAAAAGAAAGAAGGAAGAUGAUGGGUUGAAAGUGUUGUGAAAGGUUGGGAGGGUGCAUCAAGAUUUUAACAUUGUAACCAGAAAACUCACCGCUAUCGAGAAUCAUAAUUUUAUUAUUAUAGUUUAUUUACAUGUUUUAGUUGUUUUAUGAAAUGUCUGCUUUAGUAAUGCAAUAACUACCAGAUAAUGCAACACUGAAUGUAAUGAAAUCCUGUUAAUGAAUCACUGGGAAGCGCAACAAACACAAAUUAUUAUUACUUUACAUCUAAAAAAAAUCUCUCUCUAUAUACAGUAUAUAAAUCUAUAUAUAUGACUCAUAUCAUUACAAUAUCAGUAUGAAUUUACUCAACAUGUAUGAUCCAUUUAAAGGGACGUUUUGUGGAUCAUAAGUUUAGUGUAGUGCUAUACAAGAGCUGCUGCAAUAAAGCCACUGCAGCUCAUAUUGCUGUGUAAUUUAUAUUCAGCGUAUUUAGACCUUUCCAUCAGUGUAAAGCUGAAUGUAGAA